GAAGAAAAAAUCAAGAACCACACUUGUAAACACAGAGGCAAAAUCAUUAAGUAAAAACACUUUUUUAACAAAUCGAAAAAAUAAAUCUAUAAAAAAACAACAAAUCGCCAAAUAUUUAUUAUAAAACACGACAAAUAUCGACAGAACAGAUAUGGAAGUAAGUUUAGAGCCAUCGAAUGAAGGCGUAGAACAAAAAGAUUGUAAAAAUAAAACGGAUGAAACUAUGACAGAAAUGCAAGUUGUAGUCUUGCCAUCAGCAGUAGAAGCAGCUAAUGAUGCUAAUGCAACGGCUAUAACUAUAAAUAGUAAUACAAAUCAAAUGGGUGAGAAUGCGAAUAUAGCAACACUCUCGUCGAAAGCUUUAAAAAGAUGCUUAAGUGUGCCAAUACCCAGGUCGCAGCCACCAUCUAGGGAAGUAUCACCAGCACCAGUUUUUAAUAUAUUUGCACCACGCGGAAGACGUUAUUCGGCCAGUUAUAGUCCAGCCCGGGGGUUACCAGCCUCCGGCACUACAGCAGGUUUAAACCCCACAGGUAGUGUAAGUGUCAAUAAUGCUGGAGGCAGGUCCGAUUCAUCACGGUGUGUUACACCGCGUAUAUCCCAAUUACGACAGGAAGAAUGCGUCGAUGGCUUAAAUAUGCGUGAAGUAACCCAUGAGCGAGAAGUCCAUUCGGCCAUACAAAUAUCUCAGAGUUGGGAAGAUUUAUCCUUAGUAGCUGAGAAUUGGUCUUGCAAAUCUUCCGAUGAAUUAACUAAUCCUUUACAGGUUAUGGUGAGUGGUGGCAUGAGCAGCGGUAACAGUUGCUCUAGUCCUAGCCCUACCAAUAAUCGUACUAAUUUGCGUCUUCCAUAUGGUUUAUCACCAUCUCCUACACGUCGCAGUACCUUUGCAACACGCCGCUCUAUGUCACCCAUAGCCAUAAGACCCUCUCAGCUGGGUCCGGUUAAGAGAAAAUUCGAGUUAGAUGAAAGUUCUUCGAUCAGUUCGUGGGGCUCUUUGUAUUCGCAGCCACCGGCAAAGAAAAUGUUUUGCGAAAGUCGUGGCUCUUCACCCAUAUGCCAAUCACCAUCAAGUUCUGUUUGCCCCAGUCCAGAUUCAGGAACUGGUACUUAUGACGGACGUAUUACACCUAAAUUGUUGAUAUCAAAACUAUGCACCAAUAAUACAACAAACACAAAUUCUGCUUGUUCCUCACCCAUGUCGGCUUCAUCUUGCAGUGAUGUUAUUGAAUCUACAGUUGCAUCAGUAAGUGCUCACUGUUCUUCAUCAUCAUCCUCCUCCUCUUCGUCAUCGUCAUCUUCAGCAUCGUCAAAUUCUCUAGUGUCUAGCAAUAGUGAACCCAUGAGUAUUGGCAGCAGUCUAGAAGAAACCAUUUCAAUUUCCAACAAAUUGGCUAUACCAGCCAUGCAGGACGAAUCUACCCUAAUGGAUGUUCUAAAGCCAGACACUAGUACCACCACACCUGUUAAUAUGGAGACUUGUACAAAAAUGUUAGUAGAACCUAUGGUCACUAGUACAACCACCACAAAUCCAGCAGUAGUUAUGGAUGAAAAAAUGUAAGCAAGUGUUGAUGUUUAUUAAAAAAAAUACAUUAGAAUUUAGUUAGCCUUUAUUUAAAAAAAAAACCUAUUAUAAUCCCAAACAAAAUCAAGCGUAAAUGUAAGUGUGAUGUAAGAAUAGACUGAGAGGAGUUCAAGUGAUUUCAAAAUUAUAAGUUUUUCUCUUUAAUCUACCAAACAAUUGAUUUUAAGGUACAAUUUUUAUCAUUGAAAUCAUUUGGUCUUCUCUCACGCUAUUUUCGAUAUUUAAAAUUUAAAUAUAAAAAAGUAUUGAUCGAUAAAUAUUCAAAUAACCUUAUAAUUAGCUAACAAAUGAAAGCCUAUCAGUUUUUAAUUAAUAAUUUAUAUGUAAAAAACAAAUGAUGAACUAUUGAUAUCUAGUUUCAUAAAACAAACUGCGGCGUUGUCGAACUAAAAAGUGCUGAAAUUUUAAAAGAAAUUUAAAAUCUUCUACAAUUGAAGAUUAUCGUAGGUGAAUUUUUAAAGUGUCUAGAUUUACGAACCAAUCUUAAUUGAUAUUAAUUGAUUAAAACCAUAUAGCAUCAACUCACUUUCAAAUGCAGGGGUAAAGUCUGAAAAAUAUUUUCUGAAAUCAAAAUCUAAAAAUGAUUGUUUUAAAAUUAUGUUAACAAGAUAUUAAAGAUUAAAGAAAACAUUUAAUUGCAAAAUUUAAUCUGUUAAAUAUAAGAA